CUUGUCUUGUAUUACUCUGUGAAACUAUCUAAAGAGCAGCACGCACAAUACCUGCGACCUAAAAUAUGGCCGCCAAUGAACGGCGCACGCGCCCUUCUGUAGAUGAGAUCAAGCUUGCGUAUGAUCACUUGUUUAGCCCGGGCCUAUGUCUGUCGAAGGUCAAGGAUGCGGCACUUGGUGGGAGGCUUUUCGAGUCACCGGAAGGAUCUCCUGGCGUCCCAGGAAGGAGUUUGGCAUGGAAAGUAUUUUUGACAUCACUUGAACCACUGCAGCGACCGCCCGAACUGCCGUUGGCGCCCAGCGCGUACCUUGAACCGAUGCGUGCUUUGAGGACCGAUUUCACACGAUUACUACUCGCGAAGAUGAGGGCACCAGAUGGGAGCUAUGAAGACGGGUUCAUUGUCCCUGGGACGAACUCGCCACCACAGAGACCAAACAGGGCUGCAAGUAACCUAGAGCAGAACAAUCCUCUCAGCUUGCACGAUGAGAACCCGUGGAAAGAGUGGUUCUCUGCAGUCGAGCUUCGCAAGACAAUCUCACAAGACGUUGAACGGACUUUCCCUGAUAUUGAAUAUUUUCGCUCCCCCGUUGUUCAAUCGCAGCUUAUCAAUAUUUUAUUCCUCUACUCUGUGAUGAACCCCGCAGUCGGGUACCGCCAAGGCAUGCACGAACUAUUGGCACCAUUGUACUACGCUGUAGAUUACGACUCUGUUCCGGAGGCUGAUGGAUCGUCUUCAACCAUUACCGACGAUUUUACGGAAAUGUGCUCACGGAGAUGGGUUGCGGCAGACUCGUGGUCGCUUUUCCAAGCCGUGAUGCGCGGCGUCGGGCGGUGGUACGAGUGGAGGGAGCCGCAAUACGAAGUACCGAUGAUUGGGUCAGUUCCGGGACACGUCCAGCUAAACGUGCCAGACGGUCAAGUUCAGAUCCAGCCGUAUGUUUCCCCGAUUUUGUUGGCCUGCAAUCGAAUACAGAAGGAGCAUCUGAAGAGUGUCGACCCAGCGCUUUGGGAGCGCAUGCAGAGCGCAGGCAUCGAGCCGCAGAUCUAUGGCAUCCGCUGGUUGCGACUCAUGUUCACACGGGAGUUCAAUAUGCACGAUUCUAUGAUUCUUUGGGACGGUCUUUUUGCUGUUGAUCCCUCGUUUGAGCUUGCGCCGUGGAUCUGCGUAGCCAUGCUCUUACGCAUACGAAAUCGACUUAUACCAUCUGAUUAUAGCACUCAACUAACCUACCUCCUCCGGUACCCUACUCCUCCUACCACAUCCCCAACUAUGCCCCAUCAUGCGACCUUGCUUCUGCGCCAGGCACUUACCCUCCAGAUGUCCCCUACUCCCGCUACAGGCGCCGCAAUUGUCUUCGAAAACCGCAAUCUCCUUGGAAUCCCCACUGAAGUUUCGGAUCCCCCAGAACCCCGAGUUCGUCGAGCAGGUAGACCCGGAGAAACACAGAGGCGACGGACAAGCGUCUCUGGAAGCGAUCUGCCCAACGGCGGGCCAGGGAGGAAUGGACAUGCAAGACAGGCAUCGGCCGCGAGCCUGCAGUUUGCAAACCUGGGGAUGCUUAAGCAGGGACUGAUGGACCGGGGAGAAGCAUUAGGGCUAAACCAGACGAUCUUGAACGCUGUCUCCGAAAUCAAGAAAAACCUUCCUGAUUUAGCGGCAAAUUUAGUUCGUACUCCUGCAUCGCAGUCUGCUUCGUAUACUGCAUACCCUCUUGUCGACGAACGGCCACCUGAAGAAAGACCUCCGUGGGAGCCCCGAACCCGUUUCGAAAUGGAGAAAGAUGUUGCUGAUAUGAAAGCCCUGCAAAAACGCCUUGGAGAAUCUGUUGGGUGGAUUGUAGACACGCUUUUGCUCGACGAAGGUGAGAAUGCCGCUGAGGAUCAGGCUAAGAAAAUCCGGGCGCGAAAGCGGGAAGCCUUGGAGUCGUUGGCAUAUGUGCGCGAUGUUCUACGUGGGAGCGUGACAGAUAUCGAGGAGGAGCGUUUAGUCGGCGAAGAGGAAAUCAAAAGGAGGAAGGAGAGGCUGGAAAAGGAGAAAGAUAGGGCACCGACGAGAGCUCUGGAAACAGGCCAUUCUUCCCAGACUUCUCAGGUUCACAGUAUCAUCCAUCCUCCGCUGCCCUCACAUUCACAGCCAGCUGCACCACUACCUGCCUCCGUCAAUGAACCACGUUCAAGGACGAUGACAUCUCGAAGUUCUCAACACGCAUUCGCACCUCUUAAUCCGCAUACAACAACAUCCUCCACUUUCAACUCUCCCAGGUUUGACAACGCGCAGCCAACAGGUUUAAUCACACCCUGGUCGUCGACGGCUUUAGCCAACUCUUCCGGAGCAGCUUCAAAUGUCGGUGCGCCUCGUGCGCCAUGGAAUUACACACGAUCAGGUUUCUCUGGGACGACGCCGUCAUUCACACCACCGUCUCUUGCGCCUCCACCACGAGCAUCCGUCAUUCGAGUUCCUCCACUGCCAAUAGCCUUGUACAAGCCGCAUCCACCCCCGCCCGGACAGUCGCCGAAUAAGGCGCAGGUACAUGACGAUCCAUUGGGUGUGCUACGAUAAACGGCGAGGAUGUGAUCCUGAUGUGCUGCACUUACCACAUUUAAUUGAUUGUGCGCUUGAUGU